GUCACCUCCCCGGUGCCACGCCUGUGCUUCCUCACGAAGUCCUGCAGCAUCUCCACGGCCUCUCGGCCCUGCACACACAAUCGAUUCGACCGACAACAGAGACACACACACAGACACACAGGCAGAUGCAUGUGUGGUGUGGUGUUGCUGCUUUGUGUGCGUUAUCUGGCAUCAACACAUACACACAUCCACACUGACUGAGCCACUCAGUCGUCCUUGUCCUCCUCGAAGAGCUUGCGCUUCCGUCGGGCACGCCUCCGCCGCCUGCGAGCCGCCUUGUCGGCCGCCAGCUGGGUCUUGAGGGGGUCCUUCUGAAGCAGCGGCCGGGUGCCGCCGCGCCUGCAGUUCCUGACGAAGUCUCGGAGCAUCCCAACGGCCUCGCGACCCUGCACACACAGUUGAUUCAAACGACAACAUACACACACACAGACACACAGAGACAGGUACACGGAUGUGUGGUGUCUUCGGUGCAUUCAUUGUAUGUGCCGCCCUUUGUUGGGGUGUGUGUGUGUGUGUGUUGUCUGCCUGCCUGCACUGCCCGAACUCACAUGAUUCGCUACAUCCAUCCAUCCAUCCAUACAGACAGACAGACAGACAGACAUCUGUACACCCACCCUUUGGCGGUCGAGGGCGGCUUCGGCGUCAUCGUCAGAGGACGAGUGGUGGGAGUCGCUUGAGUGGCAGUCCUCCUGACUCGAACCAGAGGGUGGUGGGGCUGCCGCAAGUUGAGCGGCCUUUCGCUUGCCCAGCUGCGCGCCCGGCGGGCGGCCGCCGGGCUGCUCCUGGUCCCUCCCAGCCCCCUCGUCCGUCUUGCCGCUACAGUUCUUCUUGUCCUUCUCCUUCUCCUUUUUGGCCAGCAGGUCCGCCCAAAACUCCAUGGCGUCUUGGUCGUCAAACUCGCCAUUGUCGUUGACCGCCGCCAUGG